AUGGACGCCAUUCACCGCACGCUCACCAAGUACAAGCCCAACGAGAUCGCCUUCAGCUUCAACGGCGGCAAGGACUCCACCGUUAUAUUGCACCUACUGCGCGCAGCCAUGGCGUGCAACUGGCCCUCCACUCACCUCCACCGCUGCCGCUCCAACCCCGAGCUCCGCUCCUCCUGCUACUGCGCCCUCUCCGCGACCCACGGCGACAGCUGCGACGGCUGCGACGACUGCGGCGACGACGACGACCCUUUCGCGCCGCACACGCUGUCGUCGUCGUCCGACUGCCUCCUGGCGCCAUCAGCGCGGGGACGUGUCGCGCGGUCCGAGACGGGGGACGAGGAGGGAGGCGAGUCGUUCAAAAUGGGGACGACCGCCACUUUCUCCGACGAGGAAUCGGACGACGGGAAGGCGGAGGCGGAGGCGGAAGCGGAGGCGGAGGCGGAGGGGAAGAUGGCGGGAAGCGACGACGGGUGGGAGGGGGAAGCGGACGGGCUGUGCGCCAUCUUCUUCCGCGAUAAGGACAGCUUCGCGGAAGUGGACGAGUUCACGUUCGACAUGGCGCGGCGCUACGGGCUGGCGCUGCUGCAGACCAAGGAGGGGUUCAAGGAGGGCGUGAUGGCGCUGCAGCGGAAGCGGCCCGUGAAGGCGAUCUUCCUCGGCGUGCGGAUCAACGACCCCAAAGGGAAGGGCCAGCAGGUGUUUGCAGAGAGCUCGCCCGGGUGGCCGCCCUUCAUGCGCGUGAACGUGAUUCUCAACUGGACCUACAGAGACGUCUGGGAGUUCCUGCUGCUCACCCGUGUCCCCUACUGCUCGCUCUACGAUGAAGGUUACACCUCCAUUGGGGGAGUGAGCGACACCGAGCCUAACUCCGCACUUCGGAAGGCCAGCGACAUCCGCACUUUCCCGCCAGGCCUGUGCCCGUACCUAUGGCUCCUGGCCGAAGCAACAGCAGGGCAAGGGGAGCGGUACAGGAAUUGCCCUUUCCUCCCAGCCUACUUCCUGACUGACGAGACACUGGAGAGAGCAGGCCGACACAAGAAGGAUGCGCACGCACAUGCGCCGUGCAAGGAACCCAGCAGCAACACAGGGAAGUUGGAGGUGGCUGCUGCUGCUGAUUCAGAUGCAGGGAAGGAGAAUGUGGCCGAGGAGGGGGAUGAGGGGAAAGGAGGAAAAUGUUUGGAGGGGAAGGCCAAGGAAGAGAUGAAGGAGAGUGCACCUGCUGCUCUGCGCAGUGCCCUUGUGGUGCCGCUUCGCUACUUGACCUCCGCUUUCCGCCAUGGCGAGCAGAAUCCUCAACCACAUGCGGCGCAACAAAGAGCAGCCCGCCUCCCCCAAAACCGACGAGCCUUCCCCCUCUUCCGCCUUAGACCUUGCGCGCUUUUCACCUCCUCGCGCACUGGCUCCGCGGGGGGGGCUGCGCUUCCGCCCGUGCCGUCGCGCGACCAGGCGGAGGCCGCGCGGCUGCUGCGCGAGCUGGCGCUGCGGUCGGAGGAGGCGGAGCGCGCGGCGGCGGCGUGGCGGCAGCAGGCGGACGAGAUGCACCGGCUGCGCGCGGAGAGGGACGAUUUGCGGAGGCAGAAGGCGGAGCUGACGACGCGCGCGGGGCAGCUGGAGGCGGAACUGUUCAUGGCGAAGAUGGGGCAGACCCCUCAAACCACGGGCAGCACCCCGAAGAGCACAACAACAGCUGCCAAUUCCCCAGCAGACACAGUCGCCCUGCAGCAGCAGCGGCUAGAAUCCCUUUUCAAAGAAAACGCACAGCUGAGAGAGCAACUCACAGAGGCACAAAGACUAGCAGAGGAGUGGGAAUUCGCCAAGGCUAGAGUAGAGGACGAGUGGGAGGAUCGACUCAACCAGGCGCAAGCAGCCACGGGGCGGGCGCUCGGGGAGAGAGAGCAGCUGUUUGCAGAGCUGGAGCAAGCCAAGGAGAAGAUUGCUUCUGAGAGCUCUGCGAAAAAGAAACUGGAGGAGAGCCGAGCGCUGUUUGAGAGCGAGUUACGGCAGGAGAUUCGGUCGAAAGUGGCGUUGUUGGAAGCAGAGGUGUCGCGGUUAAGCGUGGAGGUGAAAGCGGCGACGAACCGGGCGGAAAUGUCUGAGAAGGGCCUGGUGGAGGCGCAGGUUCGGGUGGCGGACAUGGAGGCUCGGGAGCGGGAGCAUGCCGAGGCUUCAGCUGCGGUGGCGGAGCAGCACGCGUCGCUGCUUUUCAAUAUGGAGACAGAGAUAGAAGGGGCGGAGCAGAGGGAAUCAGAGGCGAGGGCAGAUGCAGAGCAGCUUGCAGCGGAGGUGAGUAAGUUGAAAGGCGAGAUGGAGGAGAUGUUCCGGGCGAAAACAGAUGCGGUUUCAGAGCUGAUGCUGAUGAAAGGGGAUGUGGAGAGGUUGGAGAAGAGCAAACAGGUAGCGGAGGCGGCAGCGCUAGAAGCGCGGACUAAGCUGGUAGCUGCUAACAAGUUAGACCAGAAGCUGAAGAGACGGUUGGAUGUGGCAAAGGUAGAGUUGGACAGGUUGGGAGGGGACUGGAGGGUGGUUUACCCGUUGGAAGAAGAGCAGGAAGAGCUUGCAGCCGCAGCAGCAGAAGCAGCCGAAAUUGCGGCUGCAGCUGCGGAAAAGGCUAGUAAGAUGAAAGCAAAGAGCAUUGCUGCUGCCAAAAGUGGCGGUGGCGGCAGUGGUGGUGGUGGCGGUGGCGGUGGUGGUGGUGGUGGUCCGUCUUUGUUUGGUUGGAUGAGUUCAAGAAACUUGGCCAAGAGUUAA